ACUGUUUGCAGAGAUGCUCGGAGGACAGGCACCUGCUGCUCUGUAAUGAUUCAGCCUCUUUCAGCCAGCGCUAUCACACAACAGGAUGCUGUUGCUACUGUCUCUGCUGCCUCUCCUGCCUCCGCCGCUGCUCCCGCCGCCGCCGCCGCCGCUGGUCCUGCUUUUGCUUUUACUUCUUCUGCAUGACAGUUGUUUUCUUCAUCUCAGCAGACACCAGCUUCAGAUGCUUGAGGUGAGCAACAUGCCCUUCAGCUUGGGCUACUGGUUUACUUAAUUAACCAGCCAUCCGCUCCGAUUCUAGUUUAGCUCCCACCCUGCUUGUCUUCUUAACCAACCGGGAUGGUUUGGAGCAGCAUUUAAAAGAACUGGAAAAAAAAAAAGUGGCCCAGAAAGAACAACUAAAGAAUUAUUACGAUCUACUUUGAUUUUGUAGUUGCUCGAAGCUUUCUCUUGCUUUUCUUUUCUGUUUUUCUUUCUUUCUUUCUCUCUUCUUCUUCCUCCUGGACUCCUCUUGCUUUUUUGAUAAUGGCCUUGGACUUGGCGGACUUAUCGAUUUCCCCCUGUAAGAUGCUGUAUCAUUUGGUUGGGGGGAGCUCUGCAUGGUAAUGGACUGCCAGAGAGGCCAGACCUUCUGGAGGUGAGCCGAUGGAGAUUUAUUCCCCAGACAUGUCUGAGGUAGAUGGCCAGAGGUCCUCCAGUCCCUCCAUUCAGCUAAGUGAAGACCCAUCUCUUGAUGGGCUUCCGGCAGCUGAAGACAUGCCAGAGACCCAGACAGAAGAUGGGAGAAGCUCUGGACUCGUGGGCCUGGCUGGGCCCUGCUGUGUGUGCCUGGAAGCGGAGCGCCUGAGAGGUUGCCUCAACUCAGAGAAGAUCUGCAUUGUCCCCAUUCUGGCUUGCCUCGUCAGCCUCUGCCUCUGCAUUGCUGGCCUCAAGUGGGUGUUUGUGGACAAGAUAUUUGAGUAUGACUCUCCUACUCACCUUGACCCUGGAGGGUUAGGCCAGGACCCUGUGACUGCUCGGGAUCCAACUGCUUCCUCAGCGGUGUGGGUAUCAUCUGAGACGUACACUUCACCUGUCUCUAGGGUUCAAUCUGAAACUGAGGUUCAAGUUACACUGCAAGUUGACAAUACUGCUGUAUCCUCUGAAUCUGCAGCAGCACCAACCCUCAAGCAUCGCAUUUUUGCCUUUUCUUUCCGGCCUUCUACUUCACCUUUCUUCCCUUCAGCCACUCGGAACCCUGAGGUGAGAACACCCAAGUCAGCAACUCAGCCACAAACAACAGAAACUAAUCUCCAAACUGCUCCUAAACUUUCUACAUCUACAUCUACCACUGGUACAAGUCAUCUUGUCAAGUGCGCAGAGAAGGAGAAAACUUUCUGUGUGAAUGGAGGCGAGUGCUUCAUGGUGAAAGACCUUUCCAACCCUUCAAGAUAUUUGUGCAAGUGCCCAAAUGAGUUUACUGGUGAUCGCUGCCAAAACUACGUAAUGGCCAGCUUCUACAAGCAUCUUGGGAUUGAAUUUAUGGAAGCGGAGGAGCUCUACCAGAAGAGAGUGCUGACAAUAACUGGCAUCUGCAUUGCCCUGCUGGUGGUCGGCAUCAUGUGUGUGGUGGCCUACUGCAAAACCAAGAAACAGCGGAAAAAGCUUCACGACCGGCUUCGGCAAAGUCUUCGAUCUGAACGGAACAAUAUGGUGAACAUAGCCAAUGGGCCUCACCACCCAAAUCCUCCCCCUGAGAACGUCCAACUGGUGAAUCAAUAUGUAUCUAAGAACGUCAUCUCCAGUGAGCAUAUCGUUGAGAGAGAAGCAGAGACAUCUUUUUCCACCAGUCACUAUACCUCAACAGCCCAUCACUCUACUACUGUCACUCAGACUCCUAGUCACAGCUGGAGCAAUGGACACACAGAAAGCAUCCUUUCGGGGAGCCACUCUGUAAUCAUGAUGUCAUCAGUAGAAAACAGUAGGCACAGCAGCCCUUCUGGGGGUCCAAGAGGACGUCUUAAUGGCUUGGGAGGCCCUCGAGAAUGUAACAGCUUCCUCAGGCAUGCCAGAGAAACCCCUGACUCCUACCGAGACUCUCCUCAUAGUGAAAGGUAUGUGUCAGCCAUGACCACCCCGGCUCGUAUGUCACCAGUAGAUUUCCACACGCCAAGCUCCCCCAAAUCGCCCCCUUCGGAAAUGUCUCCGCCUGUGUCCAGCAUGACGGUAUCCAUGCCUUCCAUGGCAGUGAGCCCCUUCAUAGAAGAAGAGAGACCUCUGCUUCUUGUGACGCCACCAAGGCUGCGGGAGAAGAAGUAUGAUCACCACCCUCCACAAUUCAACUCUUUCCAUCACAACCCUGUGCAUGAGAGUAGCAGCCUCCCCCCUAGCCCCUUGAGGAUAGUGGAGGAUGAGGAGUAUGAAACAACCCAGGAGUAUGAGCCAGCUCAAGAGCCUGUUAAGAAACUCACCAACAGCCGGAGGGCCAAAAGAACCAAGCCCAAUGGCCACAUUGCCAACAGGUUGGAAAUGGACAGCAACACAAGCUCUGAGAGCAGUAACUCAGAGAGUGAAACAGAAGAUGAAAGAGUAGGUGAAGAUACACCUUUCCUGGGCAUACAGAACCCCCUGGCAGCCAGUGUUGAAGUGACACCUGCCUUUCGCCUGACUGACAACAGGACUAACCCAGCAGGCCGCUUCUCCACCCAGGAAGAAUUACAGGCCAGGCUGUCUAGUGUCAUUGCUAACCAAGACCCUAUCGCUGUAUAAAACCCAAAUAAACACAUAGAUUCACCUGUAAAACUUUAUUUUAUAUAAUAAAGUAUUCCACCUUAAAUUAAACAAUUUAUUUUAUUUUAGCAGUUCUGCAAAUAGAAAACAGGAAAAAAAACUUUUAUAAAUUAAAUAUAUGUAUGUAAAAAAAUGUGUUAUGUGCCAUAUGUAGCAAUUUUUUACAGUAUUUCAAAAUGAGAAAGAUAUCAAUGGUGCCUUUAUGUUAUGUCAUGUCCAGAGCAAGUUUUGUACAGUUACAGUGAUUGCUUUUCCACAGUAUUUCAGCAAAACCUUCCAGAUAUUCAGUUUUUGCUGGCUUCUUGUGCAUUGCAUUCUAAUGUGGACUGGAUGUAUGAUUUGCAAGACUUGCAACUGUCUGUCUGUUUGCUUGUAGCAGCACCCCAAGCAGUACAUCUUGUAAUGGCACAUCCAUCCAAGUAAUCUUCUCUUUUGUAUGAAGUUUUCUUUGCUUUUUGAAUAUGAAAUGAGUUCUGUCGACUCUGUCAGCCAAAGGUUUGCUUCACUGGGCUCUGAGAUAAUAGUAGAUCCAACAGCAUGCUACUAUUAAAUACAGCAGGAAACUGCAUUAAGUAAUGUUAAAUAUUAGGAAGAAAGUAAUACUGUGAUUUUUUAAAAAAACUGUAUUAUUAUUCAGAAGAUAGCUUGCUCUUGCUAAAAGGAGCUACCACUGACUUUAUUUUAACUUAUUUUUUUUUCCUUGAAAAAGAACAACCAUUUUAGGGAUAGCUUAGAAAAUGGGUUCUGGCUUGCUAUCAGGGUAAAUCUAACAGCUUCGAUAGAAGAGGACUCAAUUCCACUUUCUCUCUAAGAAAAUGAUUUAGCAGCUCAUCUAGUUGAACAGCAAACCACAACCGAUAAAGGUGCAGUCAUUUCUGAUGUUUUGUUUUUUUUUUUUUCUUCACCGAUUUGGGAGCUAUUGAUUGGCUUUGUCUUCUCAGCUCUGGAAGAAGCAGAUCAUGGCACAACAAAAAAAAAAAUCCAGCCCAAAUAGCACACUCACCAACCUGUCUCCAACACUUGUAUACUGAAAAGUGUCUGUUGUACACGGCAAUGGCUUGUCACCAUAGGAAAAUGUUCCUAUUGUAGCAUGUUUAGAAGGGGGAGGGGGAAAUGUGUAGAAGACACAGAUAGAGAGUGGUUUGUGACUUGGUUGACAUUUUAAAGUAUGGUUGACUUCUCCUUUCUGCCCCUUCUGUGUCUCUUGCCUUUCAACGUUGCCCUGAUUGAGUUGUAACUAUGCACGAACACUUCUUGUCAGAAUUGGCCACUGUGCAUGUGAUUUGUGAUGAGCAAGAACCUUCCCCGGUGGUAAUUCACUAGGAAUGGCAAUAGUGUUGGAAAAAAUUGCACCUUUACUUGCAGAAGUAGCCCCUACCUCUGGACUGACGCCUCCAGUGACAGCCUAUACCACCCAUUUUCCUCUCUCUUCAUUUUUGCCUUACCGCUACAAAAGCAGGACUAAGACUAGGCUGCACUUGGCAUGUUCUCUUGUGACUGCAAAUCCAGUGAAGGCCUACAGAUAUUGAUAUUUGAACUCACUGCUCAUGCAGGAAAAUAAGAAAAGUAGCCCUAAACCAUGCAAAUCCUCUUUCGAUUCCCUGACUGGUGUCUGCCAAAUCAGGUCUGGAGCUUUGCUUAUGCUCACAUGGCUUCCUAGGAUCUAUGGAGCAACAUGGAAAACCAGUUAGCAGAGGGUUCACGAAGUCAAUGACAAUCGAUGUGUCUUGUUCACAAGUGAACUGAAUCUCUUUCUUCCACCAAAUCCUAUGCUACAGAGGAGAGGGAAGAAACGACAUGCAAGUAGAUCUUAGAAACAAAACGUUGGCUGGGCAUAUGUUAAUGUCAUUAUACUCCUAUAUGUUCCUACCCUCUACAGAGAUGUUUGUUGGAAGGUCUUUGAAGUUAUACUUAAUGUUUGCUAUCCCAUACUUUUUGUCCCUUUUAUACACCCCACUUUCUCUGUGGUCAACAUUGACCUUGUUGCUUUUUUAACCUACACAGAGGCGUCCCCUCAAGUUGUACUGAUUUCCCAAUUCCAGAGAAAUGAGACCGCUCCUGGAAGGAAAAUAAUUCAGCUUCAAAGAAGUUCUCCAAAUUAUUUUUAAUAUCGCCUUUGAAUAUCUUGGCUCUUUCUUCAAUAUUUUCAUAAAGCAAUUUCUAUUGUUAUUUUCAAGACCCUUAAACAUCUUGUUCCAAACUCCUUGGGCAGCAGGGUAUGCAAAUGUCCUCUUUGGAAAAAUAAAUAAAAUCUUCUGAUUAAAAAAAAAUGAGCAUGAGCAGCCUUUCCCUCAGUAUAAGCAUUGCUGCAAAUGCUAAUAUUUCAGAUAUAUGAAAUUUUAUUUUCAGCCUGAUUCUGGUCACUCAGAAAAGUGGCAUGUUAGUUAAGACACCUUUUUCCCCUAUGGAGCAAGAAAUUCCUUUGAUAAGAAAAACCAGUUGGCUGUUCAAAGCUACUUACUUCAGCCCCCAGAUUUAUGUUCACAGGGACAUUGCAGGGGGGUGGCUUUAAUGCCACCUCACUCUCAGUCAUCACUGUUUAUAAAUUCAGGCAGUGCCUUGGUAGCCCAAAGGAAUAGAAAACCUAUGUUCCUGGCAUACAGAAAGCUGUCUUGGGUUUUAAGGCCAUGGAAAUUACCCAGAAGCUUGACAGCAACUUGUUAUUCUGGGUCUGAAAUCAUAUUCCCCCAAAGGGUAUGAAGUGAAGCAGAGAAUGUACAUAAUGUCCUUUUUUUCUCAUGCAACAUUCAUUUUCUUUUCUGUUUUCCCUCUUUUUCUUUCUUUCCCAACAGUGCCUGGUGGACAGCCUUCAGAUUUAUACAAACUGGUCCUCUGUGUAGGAAAAUGUGUCCCAACUAGCUAUCUGCUAUAUUCUUCUUGUUCAUUCUGACUGUCUUUAUAUAGGUGGAGUUGAUCCAGGGUAACUUGCUCCGAAUUUCCUUUUCUUUUCUUUUCACUUUUGGCCUGAGGAUAUAGGGCACAUGGCUCAUAUUGACAAAAAUAUGGAAGGUCUUUUAGUGCUGGCUGCAUUCCACCAGCUACAGAGAUUUCUGUUUUCAAAGAUCCAUUAAACACUGUACAGAAAUGCAGAUAAAAAGGAAAUGGCCACAUAUCACAAGUUUUAUUUCAUAUUCUUUUGUAAAUACAUAUUGUACAUUGCUUGGAUUUUUUUAAAUCAUUUUCUGUCUUUAUGAGUUAAUGUCAGUUUUUACUCUCUCAACUGUGUAACAUUGUAAAUAACAUAAUGUCCUUUAUUAUUUAUAUUUAAGCAUCUAACAUAGAGAGUAUUGUUUUCAUAUAAGUUUAAGAUAAAUGUUAAAAAUAUAUGUUUUUUCCUUUGCUUUAAAAUUAUGUACCUUUUUCUUUUCUUUUUUUUUUUUGUUUGUUUGAAAAGAAUAAUUUAUUGUUCAGGAGAAAGAAUGUAUAUGUAAUUGAAACUAUUUGAAGAAUGCACAUUUGAAGGCCGUGAGGUACUGAUAAACUAAAGAAUUUAUUAUCCAAAAUACUAAGCAAUAAGUAAUUGUGAUUUAUUUAAAGUUUUGUUCAUUUUCCCAAGAAAGUCAUACUGCAAUAAAAAAACAAAUGCGAUC